CCGUCGACCACCCACGAUCCCUCAGCUCGCACCCUCCGACGGUCCACCGCUGCCACCAUGUCUUUCCGCCCCGGCUCCCGCAUCUUCAGCGCUUUCCGCACAAACUACCGCCAGUUCUACACCCGUCGCUAUGCCUCAACAGCACCGGGCGCCGAGCAGCCCACCGGCUUCGCUCGCUUCUGGAACUCGCCCAUCGGCCCCAAGACUGUCCACUUCUGGGCACCUGUUAUGAAAUGGGCCAUGGUUGCCGCCGGCGCUGCCGACUUCGCGCGCCCCGCCGAGUCGCUCUCGCUGACCCAAAACUUCGCCCUCAUGUGCACAGGCGCCAUCUGGACGCGCUGGUGCUUCGUCAUCAAGCCCCGCAACGUCGUUCUGGCUGCUGUCAACGCCCUGCUGUUCUGCGUCGGCGCCACACAGGUCGGCAGGAUCUACGCGUAUAACCAGAGCCUGAAGACUGGCGAGUUGGUCAAGGCCGAGGGCAAGGAGCUGGAGGCUGACCUGAAGGCGACUGCGGCUAAGGCCGAGAAGAAGCUGUCAUAG